AUGACCCAAAGCACGCCAAAGUAUCUCUUCGCCAGCAGUAAUCACCUCAUAUCCAACGAGCUUAGCACCAAUCUCAAUCCUGAAUCGUUCAAAGACUUACAUGCUCGCGAUACCAUAGCUGUUUGGUUCGCCGUCAGUCAAGAUCCAUACCAUGGCAAGCUCGACUUCGAAGAAUUCCCUCGUUUCAAGCACUUGAUUUAUGAGUCCCAAAAGGCCUACAAUACAGCUGGGCCAUGCUAUGCGAGACUUGUAUCUUUUGUCGGAGUUACCGGAUCUGGUAAGAGUACGCUGAUUAAAAUUCUGAUGAAGCGGCUUUGGCAAAACUCUUCAGCAUCGACACUGGAUCUCAAUCAAAUUGAAAUUCCCGUUUCGGGGACACGGAGUACUACCAACCCGACCUCAGGGGAUGUCCAUCUUUAUCGUGAUCCGUACUUGGAUCCAUCAGAUGCGAAUCAUCCACUUUUAUAUGCAGAUUGUGAAGGUUUCGGUGGUGGUGAUGUGGCGCCUUCAGGUUCAAAAAUCCGUGACGAUAUGGAACGAAUGGCCGCUUCUAUAGAUUCUGCCUCGCCAAUAAAUACACACAUUGCGCAGACGGCGGUCACAUGGCUCAGGAAGAGUGUGAAGCGGGCAAUAGACCUUGACGUCCCUGGUGGAGGAUUCAUACGACGACAGAUGCUGGUCGAAAGACUCUUCCCUCGUCUGUUGUACAACUUCUCCGAUGUUGUUGUCCACGUUAUUAGCGGCCAGUCCGCCAAAACUAUGGAGCACGUACUUCUUCAGGUGAUCCAAUGGGCAAAGGUUUCAGAGAGCGCUGCUGUCAAUCAACCUUUUCUUCCACAUCUCAUUAUUGUGCUCAAUGAAGCCUCGGACACAUCCGUAUGGGACCCCGACGCUGCCCGCACCAAAAUUAUCCAAGAACAAUCUGGCAUGCUGAAGGAAAAUAAGACAGCCAUGCUUUACGCUGAACAAUAUGAACGGAUCGGUGCUUCCAUCUCUACUGUCGAACAACUUUUGCAUUGUUUCUAUGCAAAGGUAGAAUUCAUCAAUAUCCCUAAAGCAGAGAGUGGUCUGAAUGAAGCCCUUUUCCUCACUCAAGUUCAAAAGCUGCACGAGAUGGUAGAAAAGGCCACUCGCAGCUCCCAGUCGCGCAAAGCCGAUCUUGUUGCAGACACGAACGUCGGUUCAGAUUCCCGCGUGGUCUGUAUCCGAAGCUGUUUUCUCCACGACGCUUCUCGUCCCUUCGAGCCCCCUUAUUUUAUCCAUAUCCGUUCCAAGCUCGCAGGCCGUAGAAUCCUAGCUUUGGAUGGCGGUGGCGUCCGAGCCCUUAUGGAACUCAAGAUCCUAGAAGCAGUGGAGAAAAAAAUGGGAAGUCUCAUUCCGAUUCAGAGGUUCUUCGACGUUAUAGGCGGMACCAGUGCUGGUGCGCUCGUAGCCUUUGCUAUCGGAAUCAAAGAUUGGCGAUUUGACCUUACCGAAUCGAUGUUUCGGCAAAUAUGUGACAGAGCCUUUUCCAAUUCAGUGAGAAAUUGGUUUCUCAAAUUUCUUCAUGGAAGUCAAUAUUUUAGCAACCGCCUUGUUGACGCUCUGAAGGAUUCUCUUGGGAACACAGCAGAUGAUUAUCUGGUGCAAGCCAGGUUGGAGUCUAGUGGAAGCCUGCGACCAGCUCCAAAGGUUUUUGCUACCGCUACCGUGAGCGAAGGAGAUGGCGCUGCUCUACUACCAAAUUACGUUCGCCCACACGACAAAGAUACUCAUCUUUCGGACUUUUACAGCUUGACAUAUCAAUUCGAAGUUUACGACGAACAAGAGACACAAAUUCGUGUUUGGGAGGCGGCAAGGUGUACGACAGCUGCCCCAACCUACUUCACUCCUUUCCGGAAGGCAGGGCUGUUUACCACCAAUUAUUACGAUGGAGGCCUCUAUCACAACAAUCCUUCAAAGAUUGCACUGGAGGAGACCCAUCGAAUCUGGCCGGAUAUGCCUGAAAGACACCCUGACCUUUUGUUAUCAGUAGGCUGCGGAUUUUCGACGGUAGAUGACGAUGAGCAUAUCCUAUUGCUUGGCUCGAGCUCUCUUGUUGGAGCGCUCAAUGUAGUACGUCGACGAUUUAAGCAAAUUCUUAACUCUGAAAGAAGUUGGAGAGAAACCUUUGGCGUAUUGUCGAGAAUAGAGCCCAGGCGUUAUAUUCGUCUAAACCCUCCGGUUCCAGAACGCCUUCCAGAUCUAGAUGAUAAAGAGGCUUUAACAAAUGGCAAUCUCGAGAGGAUCGUUAACAAGUUUCUCAACGAGCCUAGCACAGGAGCAAUUAUUGAUCAAGUCGCCCGUCGUCUCGUCGUGACAUCAUUCUAUCUAGAACCAUCGGCUACGGUCAGCGGUGCAGAAGAGAGCGCAGACAAUUUCCAUGGAACUAUCCGCUGCCGAUUCAUUGACAAGUCUCCCGAAAUUAAAGCAUUUGCAGAUGUAAUUGCGAAAUUUUGCCCCAGUCAAUACGCAGAUUUUGAUCUUCCGGAACCCAGGCUGACAAUUGGGAGAAUAACACCCCAAUUGCUUCACAUGAUGAAAACGGUAGGAACGUUUCGUAUUGAUAUCGAUUUCACGAUGCCAUCUCAUGUUACGCAAGUCAACGUUACUUUCUCUUCUCCUGGAUUUACGCCGGAGAGUAUUAGCGGUUGCCCAUUCACCAUAAAGGGAUAA